UUGGUAAAAAACCAAAGCCUCGCCGCGGGUGGCUGUAUUGUCGGAUAAGAACGCAUUCCUGGGAUAAGGACGCAUUCCUGGCGUAUUUUCUUUUAAAAUUGCCGAUAACUACGAAUGGAGGCCGAAAUCGGCCGUAAGGAGGUCGACAGAUAGGUUUUCGGACACGGGCUACAAGAUGGCUAUCUCAGUUUCAAUCCCCAUGUUAAAGGUGGCCCUUUUCCUUUAACGCUGGUCGCAGAUCGAUUGAUUCGAUUUAGAAUUUUAGAAGAAUACCAUCUUAGAAAUUGAUUUUGUCCGGUCACUGCCCAUGUGCCUGCACCUAUAGGCAAGCCUAUAGGUACCGAUCGAAUUCCAAGAACGAAUGUCAGUCUUAGCGAAUGACUACAAUACAGAAUUCAGAUGUCGAGCUAGCAGUCAUGCCUGUCUGGAUUUAUCCAGCUCAAGCUCCAAACCAUUGUUCAAGAUCCAAUUUAUUGCAAAUCGUUCGGCUGGCUGGUCACCAGCUGGUACUCGGAAGUACAAGCAUCCCUCACUAGAUGUCUCUGCCGCCGUCCGUGACCAAACCGUGACCGAGGCAAGACCGAGGAUCCUCAGUCGAUUAGUAGUAGCUGGACGGGGUUCGUCGGAGCCGAGGAUCGGAGUGCUGUUUGGGACUCGGGUGUGGCGGUGGCUCUGAAGAUCGUUCCUAUGCUGUCUGAUGAGGGCGCACGAGGUAGCGGCCACCGAGGCAGGGUUCGCAGUCGGGAAAAUCGAGAUAGGAACGACGGCCGUCAGUCGGAGGUGACCUCCGAUCCCUCUGAUGUCAGCGCUCCAGGCGGGUGCCGUCACUGUGCCGGCUGCGGAGCAGUCAUCACCGACCGCUUCCUGCUGCAGGCGGUCAGCAAGUACUGGCACGAGGAGUGUCUGCGCUGCGGCGCCUGCGCCUGCCGCCUGGGCGAGGUCGGGUCGUCACUCUACGAGAAGGCGGACCUCAUACUCUGUCGCAGAGACUACCUCAGGCUGUUUGGCAGCAGCGGCCACUGCACUGCCUGCAGUAAGCCGAUCCCAGCCUUCGAGAUGGUGAUGCGGGCCCGAGAGAACGUCUACCACCUCGAGUGUUUCGCCUGUCGUCGCUGCAACCAACGGUUUUGCGUGGGCGACCGCUACUACCUUCACGAUGGUCAGGUACUCUGUGAACUGGAUUACGAGGAGCGGCGGAACCUACCGUUGGUAGCGCAACUUCCCGCCAUUAGUUCCAAACGGGGAGGAGCGUCAGAACCGGACGGCACGAGACAUAGUCAGACCGCACCAUCCAACGGCACCAGUCACCAACACCCCUGCUCGGUCCGCUGAGACUGAAACGCCUUGACUAAUGACUGAAACGACCGACUGGGUCUAGCGGUGUCACCAUGACGGAGCACUGGACGAUGUACACCAUGGACUCGCGUUUUUCAUAGUGGCAGACGACCCUGCGCUUGUCAUUUACGUCAUUACCUGUUGAACUAUGUGGUUUGGAAGACGAAUAGGUAGAAGUCUCGGUCUUCUUGUGUAGGUGAAAUUAUUAGAAACGUUUGCUUUUUAUAACGAAAACGGACGUUUUAAAGCUUAAGUAUUGUGCAAUGUGCACCAACUUUAAUAUAAUUGACCGAUGGC